AUGAAUAAAUCUGUAGAUCCAUUAUGUGAAGGCUUUUAUCAAUUUGCUUGUGGAAAUUUCGCAAAAUGGCAUAAAAUACCAAAAACAGCUGUUUUAAAUGAUCGGUUUUCCGAAGUACAUGCUACAGUGUUAGUACUUAUUAGAGAUUUUUUGGAAAGAGAUGAUAGUGACCAGGGACUGAAACCGAAACCUUUAUUUUAA